ACCCCCUCGCAUUCCCUGUACGAAAGUUCAGCCCCGGGCGUGGGCCCCACCGCGUGUACCACCAGUAGUACUCUAGUCUCCCAGUCCAUCGACAGGCAGUCGGCAGCAGACUCGUCGGUCGCCAGCCACUGACUGACCCAGACAAAGCUCCCCCCACCACCGCUCCCGUCCCGUCCCGCUUCGCGCCUCGACAGGUCCAGGCCCUGGUCCUCGUCGGCGACUGGCCGGAGAUGGGCUUCCUCCGCCGCUCCGCCACCACCGCCGUCCUCUUCGCUCUCCACCUCCUCCUCCUCGCCACCGCCUCCGUCGCGUCCUCGCCGUCAUCCUCCCUGCCGGAGCAGCAGGACGACGACGUGCAGGCGCUGCUCCACCUCAAGCGCGGCCUCGCCUCCGGCGCCGACGCUCCUCUCCGGCAGUGGUCGCUGGAGUCCGGCGCCCACCACUGCUCCUGGCCGGGGGUCACCUGCGACGCGCGGUCCGGCCGCGUCGUGGCCCUCGCCCUCGCGCUCGGCGGUCGCCUCGGCGGGGAGCUGUCCCCGGCGGUCGCUCGCCUCACCGAGCUCAGAGCGCUGUCCUUCCCCUCGGCCGGGCUCGGCGGCGAGAUUCCCCCGCAGCUCUGGCGGCUGGGGCGCCUGCAGGCGCUCAACCUCGCCGGCAACUCUCUCCGCGGCCGCCUGCCGGCCACCUUCCCGGAGGGGCUCAAAAGCUUGGACCUUUCCGGGAACCGGCUGAGCGGGGGAAUCCCGCCGGGUCUGGGGAGCUGCGCGACGCUCCGGCGCCUGCGCCUGUCCUCCAACUGGUUGGCUGGAACCAUCCCGCCGCGGAUCGGGGAGCUCGCGCGGCUCCGCGUUCUGGACCUGUCCGGGAACCGGCUCACCGGCGGCGUGCCGCCGGAGCUCCUCCAUUGCAGGGGCCUCGUCAGGAUGGAUCUCAGCAGGAACUUGCUCCACGGCCGGCUGCCCUCGGGCCUCGCGCAGCUCAAGAACCUGAGGUUUCUCUCCCUCUCCGGCAACAAUUUCAGCGGCGAGAUACCUUCCGGUUUGGGCCAGCUGGGGUCGCUGGAAUUUCUUAAUCUGUCCAACAAUUCUCUAUCAAGGGAGGUUCCUGCUGAUCUUGUGGCACUGCGAAAUCGCACUGUCUUACUGCUUGGCAACAACAAACUAUCUGGGGAGGAGGAGAUAACUGCUGCUGCUCCCGGCUCACCAGUUCAUGUAGUUACUGCUCAUUCAGUUACAGGUGAACUGUUUCCUGUUUCUCCUAUAGCAACAGCUAUCCGUAAGCUGAUCGAUACAGGUCCAGGCACUUCUAAUGGCAGCACCACGACCACCAGCAGCAGCAAUGGUGGCGAUGGUGGCUUGGGAACCAAAGAGAUUGCUGCCAUAGCUUCAGCAUCAGCCAUUGUGGUGCUUCUGUUAGUUGCACUCACCCUGUGCAUCUGCACAAGGAAAUGGCGUCUGAAACCAUCAGAGCGCUCCUUUGCGAGCAAAGAAGUCAAGGUUUUCGCUGAUGUUGAUAUUGGAGCCCCCCUGACAUAUGAGACCGUCGUUCGCGCCACUGGGAAUUUCAACGCUAGCAACUGCAUUGGUAACGGCGGCUUUGGCGCGACAUACAGAGCCGAGGUGGCACCUGGAGUUCUUGUGGCAAUAAAGAGGCUUGCUAUUGGGAAGCAGCACGGCGACAAGGAGUUCCAAGCAGAAGUGAGGAUCCUCGGGCAAUGCCGUCAUCCUCAUCUUGUCACUCUGUUGGGGUACCACAUCAACGAGUCCGAGAUGUUCCUGAUAUACAACUACCUGCCAGGUGGCAAUCUGGAAAGGUUCAUACAAGAGAGGGGCAGGAGGCCGAUCAGCUGGAGAAGGCUUCACAAGAUCGCCCUGGAUGUCGCCCGCGCUCUCGCUUACAUGCACGACGAAUGCGUGCCCCGCGUCCUGCACCGGGAUGUCAAGCCAAACAACAUACUGCUCGACAACGAGUGCAACGCCUACCUUUCCGAUUUCGGAUUGGCGAGGCUCCUCCGGAACUCGGAAACGCAUGCGACGACGGACGUUGCCGGUACUUUCGGUUAUGUGGCUCCUGAGUACGCAAUGACGUGCCGCGUGUCGGACAAGGCAGACGUGUACAGCUAUGGAGUGGUGCUGCUGGAGCUGAUUUCGGACAAGAAGGCGCUGGACCCGUCGUUUUCUCCAUACGGAAACGGCUUCAACAUCGUCAGCUGGGCUGUGAGGCUUAUCCAGAGAGGCAGGGUCCGCGAGUUCUUCGUCGAGGGCUUGUGGGAGAAGGCCCCGCAUGAUGAUCUGGUCGAGUUCCUGAACCUGGCGGUGCGGUGCACGCAGGAGUCGCUCGCUUCUAGGCCCACAAUGAAGCAUGUCCUUCGAUGCUUGAGGGAACUCCGUCCACCUUCGUACUAGGAAGACAAGGAGCGCCCCCGGGCGCCUAAAUACUUAACUAAGAAGAGCUGAUGGGCUGACAGCUAGGUCGUCUCCCUGCGACGCCAAGGGGGGGUUGGGUAGUAGCUGUGGUGAGGAGGUGCCAUCAAUUUUGAUCUCCUCUAGCAGCCUCCUCUCCACCAGGUUUUACUGAUGCAUCACAUUCUAGGUAGAUGGAUGCUUCCUUCCUCCCCCUCUCUCUCUCUGUCCGUCUCUCAAAAAGAAAAAAACAAUGAAAAACAUAGAAAAAAAAAGCGAAAAGAAAGAAGAAAACUGAAUGCUUCAACAGUUGUGCAAUUAGAUAACAUUUGAGCAACAUUACUUUCUUUCCUCUGCAUGAUUUGAGGAACAACAAAAAAAGAAAGAAAGGGGGGUAAUGACGCUCAAAUGGUAUGUAGCUGCAGAACCCUGGAAAGCAUUUGGUGUUCUGGAACCUUGGUAAAUAUUACCAGUAAAGAUCAAAAGCUUUGACAUGUAUAUGGAUCGAUGGCUGUGCUGGUAUGCUAGCUGCUGUUGUCGUAAA